AUGGACGCAGUGAACUUUGUUUCCUGUUCCAUUGGAAGAUGCAUGGACACUUGCUGUCUGUUAGUAGACCUGGUCAUCUGGGUGGUCAGCUGGUUAACCCGUCUGCUCUCCAACAUGGGCGGCUCCCUCCACAACCUGCCAACAGCCCUGAGCAGCUCCACUUUAGUGGAGUAUUGGAACCUGGCCCUGUUCUCCUUCCUCACUGUCACAGAGGUGGUUUCCAGUGCAGCCCAGGGUGCCCUGCACACACUGGACAGCUGCCUUCAGACUCUGGGUGGGGUGUUUGAGAGUUUCAAAAUGGUGGGCCACCUCUCCUCCCACUUGGCCUGGCGGGCCAAAGAGCUUCUUCACCGCUGGCUGCUUUCUGGUAGUCUCAUCCUAAGGCAGACGUGGGAAGGCAUCUGCAUUGCACUCAGCCUUGUUCUCUACUUCCUCAACACUGUGGUUAACAUCCUUCUCAUUGGACUACAGAACUGUCUCUGUGUGUUUGCUGGUGCCUGGGAGGCCCUAGCAGGGCCUCUCCAUCAAGCCUUAGAGCUAACUCUCACUCUCUUAACCUUCCUGUACAGCUGUCUCGUCGGGGCCUCUGUGUUACUAUGGACUCCUUGCCAGCUCUUGCUGGAUUCUAUGGGAGCUUUUGGUCAUGUGCUGAUAACAGUGUGUAUGCAGGAUGGCUACGCCCUGCUCAUGAUAGCAGCUGUUGCCUUGCUAGCCUUGCUGUAUCUGAACCCUGGACACCCUCUCCACAUUUUGCAGCAGAGGCUGGGCUUCGUCGAUGCGCUUCAGGGAGUGUGCACUUGUUUGCAAACAGCCAUCUGCAGACUCUACACUGUGUUUCUUGAGCCAGGUCAGACCCGUGGGGAGGUCCGUGCCUUGGAGCUGCAGGAAGUAAAUGGAACCAGGCCGGCAUACACAAAUCUCAGAGCCAUGGAUGCUGAACUAAACCAGUCCAACCCUCUGCAGAUAGACUCCCAUCCAGAAGGUGAGCCACACAAUAGCAGCAGUGAGCCUACGAAUCACAGUCCCUCUGUGGUGAGGACUAGCAAGUCUCGACAUAGGUCCAAAUCAGCAGAAGGUGCUGGAGAUGACAGCAACCUCCUGAGUUUGCUGAAGGAGCAGGAAGAAAGGAAGAAGUGUGUGAUCUGCCAGGACCUGGCCAAGUCAGUUCUGCUGCUGCCCUGUCGCCACCUGUGCUUGUGUCGGCACUGCUCCAGCAUCCUGACCCAGCAAACACCUCAGCAGCAGCGUUGCUGUCCUCUCUGCAGACAGCCCAUCACCCAGACCAUGGAUGUCUUCCUCUGAUAGACAGGAACAAGAGAAACUUGACAUGUGGAAAUUAGAGUGGCUGUCUUGUAAGCAGAAAGAUAGCAGCCUUGUUACUGACUACAUGCAAGUCAGAUACAUCUAGUUUGUUGUCCUUUGAGUGGUCGUCUGCAGCGCUGGAAAUUGCAUUUGAAAUAAGGUUUCUUUUGUGAACUGGUUAGUGAAGGGUUCAUGUGCAGGCAUGGAGGAUCUUGUAAAGUGUUGAAAAAUAUUUGAUUUAGUGAUACUGGAAAAAAAAACCAGAAACGUUUAAAGGUGUCUGUCUCAAUACAGGGAAGCCUCCACUUAUCAUGAUUUCAACAUUUCCUAUAGAAUAUUGAGUUAAGAAAAAAUGAGUUAAGUCACAUAUACGAACUAUAUGCAUACAUGUCAGAUGAUGUUUCAUAGGCACCUUAAUAUCAACAUAAUCACAAACAAUAUAUUUCCCACUCUUAGCAUACAUCAUUGUGAAUACCAAACAAAAUCUACAGAUGCUGACAUGGGAAUAAGAUGCAGAAAAAUGUGUGUCGAAAAUGUCAGGAAACCAUGUGUAUGGUGUGGGAACAGGUCUGGUAUAAAGAAAGAGAAGCAAUUUGCUAGCAUUUGUCUUUCUUUAAAUCUGUUCAACCAACUAGUUUUUUCUGUAAUCUACGUGAUGAGGAAGCAGUGACGGUGUGACAGCAGAGAAUAAUGCAGAAAACCCCAACCAGUA